UGCACACUCUGCUCUUUAUAUUAAUAAAUAUUUAUUUAUUUAUUUAUUUUAUUUUAUUUUAUUUUAUUUUUUUUUUAUUUCAUCUCGAGACGUUAAAAUGUCUGAAUUCCAUUCACUUGCUAACCUCAUCAAGCGGCUCGAGGUAGCUACUACACGUUUAGAGGAUUUAGCUAUGUCUGCUUCCUCUGCCUCUGCAGUAGCUACUAAUUCUCCUUCAUUGCCCAAUGCACCUUCUUCUUCUGCUGUUACUGCUAAUGAAGUGCCUGCUGCCAUUCAAAAGCAUGACAAUGCUAUUAACCCUCAUCUCGAAAAAUAUUUCAAUUUAUCACAAGAAAUUGGUGGACCAGUUGCUGAUCAGGCGCAUCUUGUUAAAGAAGCAAUUGCAGCUGAAAAGGAUAUUAUUUAUAUUUCAACCUUAGCUCAAAAACCAGAUAUGACUUCACCUACAUUUAUGAAACUACUUGAACCUAUUCAGAAAGCGUUGGCUGCUAUUAUUGAAAUUAAAGACUCGAAUAGACCUAAUCCUUUAUUCAAUAGUUUAAGUGCAGUAGCCGAAGGUAUUCCUGCCUUAGGAUGGUUUACUUGUGAACCUACGCCUGUUCCAUUUAUUCGUGAUAUGAAAGAUGCUGCACAAUUUUAUUCAAAUCGAAUUAUGAAAGAAUACAAGGAAAAGGAUCCUAAGCAUGUUGAAUGGUCUAAAGCCUUUUUAGCUUUUAUUGAAAAUUUAGCUGUUUAUGUUAAGGAAACAUUUCCUACUGGAUUAACUUGGAAUGCAAAGGGUGAAAAGCCUGAUAACUUUAUUGGUAAAUCCUUUUCUUCUGACACAUCUAAUGAUGCUGCACCCUCAGCUCCUGCACCUAGUGCUGGCGGGCCACCACCACCACCACCACCACCUCCUCCUCCUAUGGUAAUUGAAGAAGAUACAAAGCCUCAACAACCCACCGGAGCAGCAGCUGUUUUUGCUGAAAUCAAUCGAGGUGAAAGUGUUACUGCAGGCUUACGUAAGGUUGACAAAAGUGAAAUGACACACAAAAACCCUAGUUUACGUGCAGGAUCAACAGUUAGCGGCAGUAGUAAACGUCAAGGUCCACCAACACCUACUAAGCCUGAUAAAUAUAGUCUUAAGAAGCCAGCCAAGACCUCUCUGGAAGCCAACAAAUGGGUAGUUGAAAAUCAUGAAAAUAACCACGAGAUUAUCAUCUCAGAGACGGCCAUCAACCAAGCUGUCUAUAUUUAUAAUUGUAAAAAUUCAACCAUCGUUAUUAAAGGCAAGGUAAAUGCAGUCACUAUGGAUUCAUGUACCAAAUGUGGUGUUGCCCUUGAUUCAACUAUUGCAACUGUUGAUAUUGUCAACUGUAAAUCAUUUGCACUUCAAGUUUUGAAGGCUGUCCCAACCAUUGCUGUGGAUAAAUGUGAUAGUGGUGAAAUUUAUUUAUCCAAAGAAUGUUUGGACGUUGAAAUUUUGUCAGCCAAGUCCAACUCAUUAGGUGUACUUAUUCCUGACAAUGAUGAUGAAUUUAAAGAGUUGCCUGUUCCUGAACAAUUUAAGACAACUGUAGUGGACGGAAAGCUUGUUACUACCACUAUUGAACAUGCAGGAUAAAUAAAUAAAUUCAGAAAAUUUAACUU